AUGGAGGGUGAGCUGAGGGAGAUGAAACCUGGUUUUUAUACAGUCGAACUGAAUCGAACGGUAUGGGCUGUACCUGUCUACUAUCAGAAUCUGACUCCAGUAGGCACUGGAGCUUAUGGGACAGUUUGUGCCGCAGAAUGCUUACGAACGAACACUCGCGUGGCUAUCAAGAAGUUUAAUCGACCAUUUCAGUCAAUUAUUCAUGCGAGAAGAACAUACAGAGAACUUCGGUUGCUACGUGGAAUGGAUCAUGAAAACGUUAUCGAUAUGUUAGAUGUAUUCACUCCAGAUGCUUCUUGUGAACAGUUGACAGAUGUGUAUUUUGUUUCAAUGCUCAUGGGUGCCGAUCUGUCGAAUAUUCUCAAAAUUCAACGACUUAAUGACGAUCAUAUUCAGUUUUUGGUCUACCAAACACUUCGAGGUCUCAAGUAUAUUCACUCUGCCGGCAUAAUUCAUCGUGACCUUAAACCUUCCAACAUCGCCGUCAACGAGGACUGUGAGCUAAAGAUACUCGAUUUCGGUCUUGCCCGACAAACCGAUAACGAAAUGACAGGAUACGUGGCAACUCGAUGGUAUCGAGCUCCUGAGAUUAUGCUCAAUUGGAUGCAUUACACGCAGACUGUCGAUAUAUGGUCUGUCGGUUGCAUACUGGCUGAGCUCAUCACCGGACGAACGUUGUUCCCAGGUUCCGAUCAUAUUGAUCAAUUGACUCGCAUAAUGAACAUAGUUGGGACGCCCGACGAGGAAUUUCUAGCAAAAAUUCAAUCUGAAGAGGCAAGGAACUACAUUAGAAAUCUUCCCAAAAUGCCAAGAAAAGACUUCAAGAAGCUCUUUGCUACGGCCAGUCCUGCAGCUAUUGAUCUGUUGGAGAAGAUGCUUCAACUCGAUCCUGACUAUAGGCCAACUGCAGCUGAAGCAAUGGAGCAUGAAUACUUGGCUGCUUAUCAUGAUGCUUCCGAUGAGCCGACAUCUGAAGUGUUGGAACUAGAUGAAGGAGUUGAGACGACAAAUAUAGACGAGUGGAGGAGAUUGAUCUGGAACGAGAUCGAGGAUUUCGCGGCACAUAGGGAUGCGACGACCCCAAGCUCAACCAUGGACGAAGGAUAG